UCUGCUGCCACAAACAAAAACACCCUGCGAGUGUGAACCGAAAUUAGCAGAGCCCCCAGCCCCCAGGAUUAACCGCACCACCGCCUCCCCUGCCCCCGGCGCGCGCGCACCCGACCCCGACGCCCCGCCCGCCGCGAUCGCCGGCGGGCCGCCGCCGUCCCCCCCGGCAGCAAUGCCUCUCCCCCCGCCGCCGGCCGCCGGCAGCAGGGGGCGGUGCGUGCUCAGCUUCGCCGCGGCGCGGGACCGCUGCUUCAGCCGCCGCUUCCUCAGGGCGGGGCUCCGCCCGCUCGCCAUCCCGCUCCCCGCGGGGCUCGACCCGGCCCAAGCCGCCACCACCGUCCACAUCUGGGUGCCGUCCAGGCCGCCGCGGAACCCGCUGCUCCUCCUCCACGGCUUCGGCGCCUCCGCUACCUGGCAGUGGGCGCCCUACCUCCGCCCGCUCAUCGCCGCCGGCUUCGACCCCAUCGUGCCCGACCUCGUCUUCUUCGGCGGCUCCUGCACCCGCCUCCCCGAUCGCUCCGACGCCUUCCAGGCGUCCACGAUCAAGGCGGCGAUGGACGCCAUCGGGGUCCCCAGGUUCGGGCUGGUCGGCGUCAGCUACGGCGGCUUCGUGGGCUACCGGAUGGCGGCCAUGUUCCCGGAGGCGGUCGAGAGGGUGGCCUUGAUCUGCGCCGGGGUGUGCCUCGAGGAGAAGGACCUGGCGGAGGGGCUGUUCCCGGUGGCCGGGGUCGGGGAGGCAGCGGCGCUGCUCGUGCCGCGGCGGCCGGAGGAGGUGCGCCGGCUCGUCAGGCUCACCUUCGUGCGCCCGCCGCUCAUCAUGCCGUCCUGCUUCCUCUGGGACUACAUCAAGGUGAUGGGCUCGGUCCAUAACCAGGAGAAGACUGAGCUGCUAUACGCUUUGAUUAACGGGAGACAACUCUCGACUCUUCCAAAACUGACUCAGCCGACGCUUAUAAUCUGGGGGGAGCAAGAUCGAGUGUUCCCAAUGGAGCUGGCUCACAGAUUGAACCGGCAUCUAGAUGGGAAUUCUCGAUUGGUUGUCAUAAAAGACGCUGGGCACGCAGUUAAUCUUGAGAAGCCCAAGGAGGUGUGCAAGAACAUCAUCGAGUUUUUCAAAGAGCCGGCCGCUGAAGCUGCAAACGGGGACGACAAGGUAUAGAUAGCUUCACCGGCCAAUGGCGGACAGGUCGUCGCUUGCAUCUGCAGAUCCGCUAGCUUGUGGCACGCAAACCAGGAUGGAUAGAUAGAUGUGUGUCAUGCAUGCUCUCCGCCAUUGUUUGUUGUGGUGCUAGAUUCAACGCAGUAGCCAUUCACAAGCAUGUAACGGAAAACACUGGAAACCAAAGUGCCAGUGAAAUCCCUAUGGUAUCGCCUGUUCUCGCGUCGCAUAUGCCA